AUGCAGAUGACACAAAAGUUCCAGCAUCAGAUGAUCGUGGUCCAGGGAUGGCCCGCUAAUCAGUGUUGUUGUUUCAGCGAGGUGCCUCUGAAGAUCCUGGCUCACAAUAAUCUGAUUGGACGUAUCAUCGGCAAGGGCGGUAACGUCAUCAAAGGCAUCAUGGAGGAGACCGACACUCGCAUCACCGUGUCCCGCGCCACGGAUGUGAACAGCUUCAACCUGGACCGCACCAUCACCAUCAAGGGCUGCCCGGAGGGUAUCUGCGAGGCGGAGCGGAUGGUGAUGGCGCGCCUGCGCCAGAGCUACGAGAACGACAUGCACUCGGCGGCGCCGCACGUGCCGCUGUACGCUGACGUGGGCCGGCUGAUGGCCGGGCCGGCCGGCGGCUACGGCCGCGGCGAGCCCGGCCUCUACGGCGCCGGCCCGGCCGGCUACGGCCCCAUGUACCCGUCGCCGGCCGGCAUGCCUGCUCUGCACGGCCAACCGGAGACGGUGUACGUGUACGUGCCGAGCGCGGCCGUGGGAGCCAUCAUCGGCCGCAAGGGUAGCCACAUCCGCAGCAUGAUCCGCUUUUCGGCCGCCUCCGUCAAAAUCGGCCAGCAGGAGGAGGAGCCGCUGGGCGGCGGCGGUGGCGCCGGAGGAGGCGGCGGCGGCGGCGGUGCCGGAGGAGGUGAUGGCGGCGGCGCCGGAGGAGACGGCAGUGGUGGCGCCGGAGGAGACAGCAGCGGCAGUGCGGGAGGAGCAGGAGGGAGCGGCGACAGCGUUGGCGGUAUUGGCGACAGCGCCGCCGGCAGCGGCGGUGGCAGCGGGGACAGCGCCGGCGGCGGCGGUGACAGUGGUGGAGGAGGGGCCGAAGAAGACGAGGGCACGGCAGAGUCGGCCGGCUCGGCCGAGCCGCCGCCACCCACGGAGCGACCUGCUGAGCGGAAGGUGGCCAUCUACGGCACGCCUGAGGCCCAGUGGAAGGCGCAGUACAUGAUCUUCGACAAGCUGCGGGAAGAGGGCUACGGCACGGGACUGGACGACGUGCGUCUCUCCAUCGAGAUCGCCGUGCCCAGCUCGCAGGUGGGCCGCAUCAUCGGCAAGAAGGGCCAGAACGUGCGCGAGCUGCAGCGCACCACCGGCACCGUGAUUAAGCUGCCGCAGCCGCCAGAAGACGGCGUCGCGCCCACCGAAACAGCUGUCCACAUGAUCGGCCCGUUCAUCUCCGUCCAGUCGGCGCAGCGGCGCAUCCGGGCGCUGGUGGCGCAGGGUGCGCCGCCAGUGCCGCGGCCGCCACGC